UUAGUGUUUCGUAUUCGUCAGGCAGCGUUUUUCUGUCAGUUUCUUCGUUUAUUGAUUUAUUCACAUCACAGUGUACCCGUUACCUAGAGUACAUACUCCCAUAUUAGGAUGAGCUCGAGCGAGAAAGAGGAACCAUUUCGCCUUCCACCUCCCAAAUUUGCGGACGAAACAAAGAAAUCGCUGGACAGUUUCACCAAACUUAGGAAUCCGCAUUUUUCGACACCGUCCGGUAUGCUGUUGCCGCGGGAAAAACAACCACCACCGAUGUACGGUCCGCGUGGUUCGACGGUGCCGCCGCGAUUUCUCAACUCCUACCAUCGAAGAGGAAUGGGCGGCCGGAGAUCUGAGGACCGAAACGAUAAUUUUCAGUACCAGUUCCUGAAAGGGCCUCGACACGGUCACUAUAACGAGGACAAAGAUGUGAUCCCUGAACUGCUGGAGAUCGAUUGGUCACUCUGGUGUGAGGCAUGCGAUAUGAAUUGUAACUCCGAACAGGAAUUGAAAGCCCAUCUGGCUGCACAUCAACGCUGUGAAGUGCCAGGAUGCCAAUACGCGGGUCACCCGAAGGCUAUGAAGCGACACUGGCGGCUUGCUCACGAUGAAGCUAAGCUUCUUGAGAAAGCUCAGGUACAAAGCAAACAGAGCCCCGAAGAGAUUGCCAGUUGGCGUGAAGAAAGACGAAAGCGGUUCCCUACUAAGGAAAACAUCGAACGAAGACGGCAGGCCCAGCAGGAACGUUUCAAACGAGGGGAGCGUAUCGAAGAAAACAAAAAUAGAUUUCCUAAUAGACCAGAAUCGGAUUACCGGCAAACCAAUUCGCGCAGAGGCAGAGGCCGUUUUGGGGCAGGCAAUCGUCGUUCGCGGAAGAAGAAUGAGACUGAAUCUAAAGAACCGACUGAUUCAGACAGUGAAGAUAAUUCGUCCCAUGUUCCGUUUAAAGGUACUUCGGAAUUGAAAAAUUAUAAACCAAAACCUGUGAAUGCCUUAUCCUUGCUUGGAGCUUAUGGAAGUGAUAGUGAAAACGAUUCCGAUGAGGAAGAUGAGAAGUCGGAUAACAAAACCGUGUCAGAAUCGAACGAUGAAGUAACCCCUACAAAAGCGGAAGAUCAAACUAAACCGUUCAACCCGGAAAGUAUUCCCAUAAGCGACGAAGAACCAGUCGAGGAGGAAAAACAUUUAUCCGAAGGAGAAAUCGAAUCAGAUUCAUCAGCAAAUGAGGAUGAACCGGCAGAAGAAUCCAAUAUCAAGAAGAAUCAGUCUGAUGCUGAAAGCGAGCAGAAAGCUGUCGAACCUAGUUCCCCUAAACGAAGAACCCGAGUUCGUAAACGUCGCCAUGGGAACGACCCGGAACAACCAACAGGCUCAACUACUGCCAGCAAGCUGGCUCGAGUUGAACGACCGAUCCUAGAUUACCGAAAACUACGUCAAACCCGUCAGAACACGAUGCUGGAAAAACUGCUGGAACCGGACAUUCGACACGAACGAAACGUGCUGCUACAGUGCGUUCGAUUCGUGGUGGAAAACAAAUUCUUCGGAAUCGGUCAAACCAAACCAAGUCUUCCGUCACAAAUCCCACAAAAAAGUCCCGGACAAUCAGAAAAAUAA